GAAAGACUAUGUGAGACAUCCCGACGGCGGCCCGGUAGGACAUACUAGUAUAUACACAGCAACUUAACAUUAACUCCACAGUAUUUUUCAAAACAAUCUACCCUCACUGCCACUACCAACAUCAUGUCUACUCAAGCCGUCACAUUCGAUUGGCUCCCUCAGGAAGUGAUGGAGAACAUUGCUUUCUUCGCAGCAACUACGACAGAUGUAGGACCUCCCUCCGACCUGCUCCCUUUACUUCUAAGCUGCAGGAGCAUAUACCGUGCCUUAUCGCUUGACGCAAAUCUACAUCUUUGCGCACGCAUAUUCGAGUAUAAAUUCGACCUCAAUGCCGCCGUUCGCCGCCUGGGCCAGCAAAUCGCCACGCCCGAUGUCUUAUCGAAGGAGUUGCGCAAGAGAUUUGUUUACCUGAAGCGAAUACGGGCGCGGACAGAUUCUCGAAUCUACGUACAAAACAUGUCGCAUUCGCCGAUGAUGAGCGAGUUGCUUUGGAUGGCCUACCUAAUGAUGCUUGAAAAUGACGGAAAGAAUGUCAAGCAACUAAGGGAAUACGCAGGGAUGGAGCAAUGGUUGAUGGAUUAUUGGUUUGAUGACCAGGGUGCAUCGCUUGCCUCGAAGACGCUUGUGGAAGAUGAGUGGCCGCUGGAGAAUGAGCACAAUUCUCUGGCAAUGUGGUUGUUUUGGUUAUUUCUCAGACCCGAUCGUUUCCAGCGUACCGAAAAGAACUAUCGGACUUUUGCAACCGUUUUGAAACCGACUGCUUUAGCAGCCAACAAGUAUAAUAUAUGCCAUACCCCAUGGGAGAACUUCGUCCCCAGGUCCUGUUUGCUUGAGCCUACGUGCAUAAAUCACUAUUCUAAUUCAUAUCGACUGACUCCACCGACGAUGGCUAUACCUGCAAUCCUCUCUUACCUCAGCUUGGUGGGUCCACUUGUAUGUCCAACAAGGGUUGCCUACAAAGGACCAUGUACACCGAACGGCUUUUCAACCUCUCUGAAUCAGAGUCUUGAGUGGGAAGCUGAUUGGCAGAGGUGUAUAAAUCUCGCUAAAAACCCUCUCACCAGCCAAUUCUCGGGUGCAUAUAAAGUCGGCAGUUUACAAGGUGUGUGGGAAGGCAUAUUUACGUACACAGAAUUCACUACCUAUGCUGCGCUUCUGUCUGGACGCCCCCCUUCAAUCCUUCAUAAUUGUAUGGUUGCACAGCAUCGUCAAACAUGGAAGCUGCGAGAGUAUUACUUAACUGUCUCGAGGGGCGCUGAUGGCCUUGCCGGCAGCGCAAAAUCACCAUCGCUGAGCUCGGGUGAUCCGCUUAAAGCAUUUUUUCCGUCUGGCAUCCGUAUUCACGAGCACUCGGGCGGUGCAGAGGUACACGAACCCGGGAAAACGGUUCCACUUUCCUAUAGGCAGCCGUCGGUUUGUGGCGUGGAAGCCGAAGGCUUCAAGAGCAUUGAGAUCCAAGAUAUUAUCGUCGUAGGAGAGGGCCAUUCUGCUUGGGGUCAGUUCAAUCUUAUGGGUAGGGUACGACCUUGCGACGGUUUUGUCACUCUUUUGAAGGAAUAUGUCGCAGGGGAUCGAGGUCAAUGGCUUUAUCGGGGCUAUCUGGUUGGUGGAAUCAACGGGAACCUCUCCGGGCGCUGGCGAGACACGCUCAGUCUCCCUGAUGCCAAUGGUUAUGAGGGCUGUUUCGUGAUGAGUAGGCGGAGAUGACGGAAUCAUAUACUGAUUACUGGAUGUAAAUUCAGUCCAUCGACAUCUUUACCUUCUUCUAGGUUUGAGCCAGAGCGUGCAUCUGGCCUAGGCUAGUCUUACGACGAGGUUUGCUGGUAGUCUGACUAUUGAGUGACGGCGUGAUGAUCUUGGGUGAAAUGACAGGAGGGAGUCUGAUUCAUGAUCUAUGGACGAGUAGGUAGGGUAGAAUAUUAUGUAUGUAUUAGUGCUAUAAAAUUAGUUGAAUAGGUCCUGAAGUAGAGAGAUUGAAGGAUGCGGCAGAUGAUCCAGGCAAGUGGGUUGAGGUCUAGGACUGCGAGGAUGAUGGAAUUACUGGCAGAUGUCUUGUCAAAAGCCGCAU